CGAGAUAAUAAUCAGACCAGCUAGUAAGGUCUAAUUAGGGGCUCCACCCUCUUGUUAGAUCAUUCUUUCUUUUCCUUGUGCCUAGCUUGUUGCUCAAACUAAGAGAAACAAAGCAUAAUGGCCAUCAGUCACAGUACUUUGGCUUUUACCUUCGGCAUGCUUGGUAAUGUCAUUUCAUUCAUGGUGUUCCUGGCUCCAAUCCCGACAUUUUACCGGAUAUACAAGAAGAAGUCAACGGAGGGUUUUCAGUCACUGCCUUACCUAGUGGCAUUGUUCAGUUCCAUGCUCUGGCUGUACUAUGCGAUGGUCAAAAGAGACGCUCUCCUCCUCAUAACCAUUAACUCAUUUGGAUGUGUCGUUGAAAUCAUCUACAUCACCUUGUUCCUCAUCUAUGCCACCAAGGAUGCUAGGAGCUUAACUAUUAAGCUGUUUUCGUCGAUGAACGUGGGCGCCUUUGGUUUGAUCCUCUUAGUCACACACUUCGCUGUGCAUGGUCCUCUUCGAGUCCAAGUCUUGGGAUGGAUUUGUGUUUCUAUCUCAGUCAGUGUCUUUGCGGCACCACUAAGCAUUGUGGCACAAGUUAUUCGGACCAAGAGUGUGGAGUUUAUGCCUUUCAAUUUGUCAUUUACACUCACAUUGAGUGCUGUAAUGUGGUUUGGUUAUGGUCUCUUUCUCAAGGACAUAUGCAUUGCUCUGCCAAAUGUGCUGGGUUUUGGACUGGGGUUAGUCCAGAUGGUGCUGUAUGGUAUUUACAGGAAAGGCAGCAACAAAACAAAGGAAGAGAAAGCACCGCAAGAGCCACUCAAGAGCAUUGUGAUAGCCACCUCUUUGGCUCUGGUGGAGGAGCAGCAGCAAGCAAAGGCGAAGAUCAACGGAGAACAAGAAGAUGGAAAUCAUGAGAAGGAGAAAAUCGCUGCACCUGCAACUCAACCUGAAUGCGUGUGAUUGAUUCGUCAUGCCAUCACCCAUGCAUUCUUCUCACAUAUAUUAUUCCGUAUGUGUACUUUGAAUUUAUUUAGGCUAUUUAAGUUGUAGGCCGCUACCUAGAUGAUAAUGAUAUAUAAUGAUUAUUUAUAACAUGUACUAGCUAGCUAGUUAAUUAGUAGUUACUGUACUACUGAUUCUACCAUUGUUAUUCUGUAUGUCUUUCCUUAUCAAUGGGAUAAACUCAUCUU